GUUUGAGGAAAAGAAUGUAUUUAAAGAAUAACUCUGUGAAGGAUAAGGAAGAGUUACUGGAUAAUUUUUUUGAAGAUUCUGAUCAAUCUGAAUCCUCAAUAUUAAAACAAUAUGAAUCUUCAGUAUCAUAUAAAACUGAAUCGCUAUCACCAAAUCAAGUUGAAUCUUUGUCAAAUCAAAUUGAAUCUUCAUUGUCAAAUCAAAUUGAAUCUUCAUUAGAUCAAACUGAAUUGUCAUUGUCAAAUCAAAAUGAAUUACCAUCACAAAAUCAAACGUCAAAUCAAAUUGAGUCAUCGCCUAAAUACAUUAAGCCUUUAUCGAGUCAAGUUGGACCUUUACAACCAACUAGUCUUAAUGAUAAUAAUCUACCGGAUAUUCAAUCACAUCACCAACUUUCUCGUAAAUAUGCAAAUGAAUCACUUGCCAACUAUCGGGAUCGAAUGAAAAAUCAGAUGCUAAAUAAAAAUAAGCAUCAACUUGAAUAUGCUAUUAAUGAUUAUGUCUGCAUUGCAAUUUCAAAAAUAGAUCUACACAAUUUUCCUAAAAAUGGCAAUGAUAUUGGUAUGGGAUGUAUUACAUCUAAAUUAAGUGAAAAAGCUGAUUCUAUCAAAUCACGAAACUCACAAAUGGAAUUUCAAUACAUUGAUGGUAGAAGAUAUCCUAAUGCACAAAGUAUUGUAUAUCCUCUACCAAAUGAAGAAGAAUCAGAUAGAUUACACUUACAACUUACAACAUUUUUUGGCAAGAUAUAUUUGGAAUAG